AUGGAACACGGUCGCGUGCCCGAUACCGUAAACCAUUUCGACACAGUUGCGUUGCCAAGUGAAAUGCCAAUUGGAAGUCUCGUCCAUCUGCAGAACUCUACUACAUAUGGUGUUAUCAAGAUUACUAAUAUCCCAUACUCCAUUACCAAGUCAGAAAUCCAUCAGUUUAUUGGUCGGGAUGCACCUCUUGUGUCUCCCAUCAAAGGAUGCGCUGUCCACAUCAUCAUGGAACGGCCUACUGCGAAGACUAUGGACUGCUACGUUGAGUUUGAGACCAAGGAAGCUGCAAAGGUGAUUCAAACGCGUCUUACUGCAAUGGUUGAACAGGGCCACCGGCGUCUUGGAAGUCGCCAUGUGGACGUGGAACUGAGCUCCGAGGAUGAACUUCUUAAAGACCUGUUUCCUCGUGCCAAAUGCGUCGAGUGGAAAGACGGAAAACCUCACCUUGUGGAAAACACUGACCCAUUCUCAACUGGCUUUACGGGAUUCUUCACCAAUGAAGAGAUUGUCAAUGCUAUUCGCCAUGCCGAAAAUCCCCAGCGUUCCCCUUUCUGUAACAAAUGUCCUCAGCGCACUUACGAAAGCACUAUCAGCACUCUCUAUAAGUUCCCCUGGCACGAAACUCACAUGUACACGGUUGGCGAUCGCAACCUUCUGUUUGAACUUACCAGUCGUCAAAUCAAGACACUGGCCAGCCGUGUCAAGAACUCGAAGACUGUCGGACUCGAUCAGAGACUCCUCCGUGACCUGCUGCACGCUGGACUUCGUUGCCCUUCAUUUAACGAACGCAUGAAAUACACGCUGUGCUUUUAUUCAGAGGACAUCAGAGAAAUUACCCGGUUUUCCGAAGCCGGCAAAUGGUUUCCUUUCGACACCCUUGUGAGAAUGCCCGGCUUCAAUGAAGCUACCAUGAUGCAUUACGCGAAAUUAAUCACUAAGGGUUCGACUGUCGAGGAACAUGCAAAUGCGGAGCUGCCUAACUCUUUUCCCCCUACCAUCAAUCUCCAAUCUCCCUAUGGUAGGAUUUGGUAUGAAUGGUCUCUGGAAGUGUCCAAAUACAAGUCCUGGGAGUCUGCCGUCCAACGUGAGAUGGUCAUUCUUUGCAAUUUGGUCCUCGCCGGUUGGAUCCAGGCCCAGAGAGAAAGGAACCCCGCUCUUGCUAAUGGGGAUGACGAGGCCUUGGGUGCUAUUUCCAGUACUACUGCCAGUGCUGGUUCCGCCCCUGGUCCUGUCGGCCUUCCAACCAUCAAUGUGACCCAGGCCAACAACGGCGUGCCUGUCAACCCCUAUUUCCUCCCAGAGUUCACUCAGCUGGGCGGAAACACUCACGCCAACAACUACAACGGCCCUCAGGUCAACGCUGGUCACGGUAACGCUGUGGUCAACCCUGGCUUUCCCUUUGCUCCUGCCGGCUUUGGCUUGUAG